AUGGCGGUGGAGUGCGGCGGCGAGGGCAAGGCGGACUGCAGGAAGACGCCGUGGACGGCGGAGGAGGACGAGGCGCUGCGGCGGGCGGUGCGGGAGCACGGGCGGCGGAACUGGGCGGCCAUCGCUGGCGCGGUGGCCGGCGGGCGCGGCGCCAAGUCGUGCCGGCUGCGGUGGUGCCAGCACCUGGCGCCGGAGCUGGACUGCCGCCCCUUCACGCCCGAGGAGGACGCGCGCAUCGUCGAGCAGCAGCGCGUGCACGGCAACAAGUGGGCCACCAUCGCGCGGUACCUCCAUGGCCGGUCCGACAACGCCGUCAAGAACCGCUGGAACUCCGCGCUCCGCAAGGCGCAGCAGGGCAGCCCCGCCGCCGCGGCGCAGGAGGACGCCGCCGAGGACGAGACGGCGGCCCCGGCGUGCCUCGAUCUGUUCCCGUUGAGCGCCGGGGAGAUGAGGGAGGCCAAUGCGGCGGAUCGGUUGGGGGUUCGUGAGGAGGCGGAGGACGCGGCGUCGAUCGGCCUUACGGUAGGGUCGCCGGGGCUGAGCGACGCGGAGCUGGCACUGAGCCUGGGGCCCGUGCGGCCGCCGCUGAACCGGGGAGUUUUUCGGUUGUUUCUCUAA